UAGGGCUGUGCUUAUGAAGCGGUACUCUGACCGCAAGUACGAUGCUAAAAAAUUAUUUAAGAGCAAGGGAGGUUACAAUGAUCUUGAGAGUGCAAGGGCAUUCCAUCCCAAGGAUAUGCCCUAUGAUAACUGGUUGAGAACCAUCGAAGGUUUCCGGGAAGAAAAAUAUAUUAAAAGAAGCAAGGCCAACACACUAGUACGCGAGAAACAACAAUUCCCAUACCGUGGGGGACAUCUUCGUACGGUAGCACCGCCUAUAAAAAUGAUAUGGAUUGGGUACCUACGUAUGCUAAAACCCACACGGACAAUCAAGGGAAUUGGGUUGAUCCGGUUGCUGAACAAAAUUACCGGAACAUACAACAUGCCACUAGUGAAUGGAGCGGUGAGGGUCCGCCAAUUGCCCCGUAUCAGGAAGCGUUGGGUGAGCGGCGAGGAUGGUACCGUGGGAUGGGGCCUAAACCUUCUUCCAACACGUCCUCGCACUCGUCAUCUAACAUGUCGUCUUCGCAAGCUCGGACGCAAGAACCCUUUUCCGAGGAUUUUGUUAACAGCUUGUUCCAAACCCCGUCAUUUUUGAACCAACUUAACAACUAUCUUGCUUCACAAGGAAAAGGAAAAGGAAAGUCAAAAGACUACGAUUCUGACAAUCUAUUCG